AGUUAGCAUGCUAGCUAGUAGCGAGAUCUGAAUCUGUAACUCCCCGGUUCGAUACGGGGAGCGGCUUUGUACACGUCCCUGCGGUGGAUACCGACGGAAGUUGUGAAUAAAAACGGAGUCGCAGAGGAGCGAAUUUCCGGCUGACGUGCAGCCAUGACAGCUUUUGGUCUGCUGUGAAGCAGCCGAGGGGCCGCGUCAGCCAGUUAUCGUUAACCCGCUGUGAGUUUGUGUAAUUUGACUGACAGCAGAUAGCGUAAAAUCGUCUGCAAGGUGAGCUUUAUGUGUCGGACAAAUGUGGCAGCGACCAGGACGGGGACGGCACGGACCAGAAACCCUUUAAAACUCCCCUCCAGGCUCUGAUGUUUGCUGGAAAGGAGCCAUUCCCCUCAAUCUAUGUCGAAUCACAGAAGGAGGGAGAGCGUUGGGCGGUAAUCUCUAAGACGCAGAUGAAGAACGCAAAGAAAGCCUUCAACCGUGAGCAGACGAAGUGCGACUCCAAAGAAAAGAAGGAGGCAGAGGACACAGAGAGGAGAGAGAAGAACCUAGAAGAAGCCAAAAAGAUCAACAUUGAAAAUGACCCCAGCCUGCCUGAGCCUGAUACGGUUAAAAUCCGUCUUCUGGAGACCAAGAGAGGUCAGAGAGUCAAAGUGUUUGGAUGGGUUCAUCGCCUCAGGAGACAGGGGAAGAACCUGAUGUUUAUUGUGCUGAGAGACGGAACUGGUUUCCUCCAGUGUGUCCUGUCUGAUAAACUGUGCCAGUGCUACAAUGGCUUGGUGUUGUCAACCGAAAGCACCGUCGCUCUGUACGGGACCGUCACUCCAGUUCCUGAGGGCAAACAGGCACCGGGAGGCCAUGAGCUGCACUGUGACUUCUGGGAGCUGAUCGGCUUGGCUCCAGCAGGCGGCGCCGACAACCUGCUGAACGAGGAGUCGGACGUGGACGUCCAGCUGAACAACAGACACAUGCUGAUCAGAGGAGAGAACGUCUCCAAGGUCCUCCGUGUCCGGUCCACCGUCACACAGUGCUUCAGGGAUCACUUCUUCAGCCUCGGAUACUACGAGAUCACUCCUCCCACCCUGGUGCAGACACAGGUGGAGGGCGGCUCCACGCUGUUCAACCUCAACUACUUUGGUGAGCAGGCGUACCUGACCCAGUCCUCUCAGCUCUACCUGGAGACCUGCAUCCCUGCCCUGGGCGACACCUUCUGCAUCGCUCAGUCGUACCGGGCUGAGCAGUCGCGCACCCGCAGACACCUGUCAGAGUACACUCACAUCGAGGCAGAGUGUCCCUUCAUGUCUUUUGAAGAUCUGCUGAGCAGACUGGAGGAUCUGGUGUGUGACGUGGUGGACCGAGUGCUCAAAUCCCCUGCCGCGCAGCUGCUCUACGACAUCAACCCCAACUUCAAACCCCCCAAGAGGCCGUUCAAGCGGAUGAACUACACCGACGCCAUCGAGUGGCUCCGAGAGCAUGACAUCAAGAAGGACGACGGCUCCUACUACGAGUUUGGAGAGGACAUCCCCGAGGCGCCGGAGAGGUUGAUGACGGACUCCUUCAACGAGACCAUCCUGCUCUGCCGUUUCCCAGCCGAGAUCAAAUCCUUCUACAUGCAGCGCUGCCCUGAGGACAAACGCCUCACCGAGUCGGUCGACGUGUUGAUGCCAAAUGUGGGCGAGAUCCUCGGAGGCUCGAUGCGUAUCUGGGAUGCUGAGGAGCUGCUGGAUGGAUACAAGAGGGAGGGGAUCGACCCCACCCCGUACUACUGGUACACUGACCAGAGGAAGUACGGCACGUGUCCUCACGGUGGCUACGGACUAGGCCUUGAGCGUUUCCUCACCUGGCUGCUGAACCGACAUCACAUCAGAGAUGUCUGCCUGUACCCUCGCUUCAUCCAGCGCUGCCGCCCCUGAGCCACACGCACGCACACGUAUUCUGGCAUGUGGCAGCACCCUGUCUGCUGUACAAUGUGUCUCACAUUAAGGCAAAUUCCAAGGAAUUCAGCAAUUCCCCUUUUGCUGGUUUAUUUUCUGUGUUUUCUGGUGAAGAGCUCAAAUCAUGACUGUUUGAUGCCUCAAACUUUACAGCUUCUCCUGUUCAUUCUGACUGAAUCGACCCGUUCUGCUUCAGCUUGUGCUCGUUUGGCUGGUUUUAGAUAAACACUGUAGUUUCCUGUGAUUCUUCGGCAAUAUUGUCCUUAGGAAUUUGUAAAAAAAAAAACAUAUACCACAUCAUACAUUUUUAAGUUAAUAUUUGCAGAUUCCUUUGGAAAAUUAAUUAAAAAACAAACUGCUAGUCUUCAAUGUUCUUGAACACAAACUUGAAGCCAGCUUGAUUGGAAAUGAAAAGCAGGAACAACAUCAACUCAAUCUCAGAACUCACUGCUUAGGAGAAAAGUUUAAUUUCCAUUUUCUGUGGAUGCAGAUCAAAAGGUAGAGGAGAGAGGUGUUUUGGGCCAUGUUUUUAUCAGAAGAUACUCCAACUCAAUAAACUGCACUUCAAUAAAUGUGUUUGAAACACA